AUGCACCCGGCCGUGUCUCGUAUUGCCGAAAAUGUCGCCAAGCACCACGUGCUGCUCGCUCUGCUGCUAUUCACCGUGCUGGGCGCCGUCGCCAGCGUCAACAGCCCCGUCCAGCACUCGCUGCUCGUGACAGCGGCGUCCUGGGCGCUCCUCUGGCUCCCGCUCGUCUUCCGUGUCGGGCUGUACUCGAGCAGCGGCGGCCGCAAGAAGAGCACGAGCUGGCUUGCCGGUGCGUUCCUGGCCCUGGCCCACAUCUGCGACCGCGCUGCCUGCGACAAGGACGGCAUACGGGCGACCAAGUGGCUGCUUCCCCUGUUCGCCGUCCUCAUCUCGGAGAAUGAGCUCCUCUCGCGCCACCUCGCCCUGCCCACGCAUGCCCGCGCCGACUCGACCGACUCGAGCGAGAAGCCGUCGAGCCGGCGCUCGUCGGACCUGCUGGUGACGCUCACCAUCGCCGCCAGCGCCGCCCUGGGCGUCUACGUCACGUCCACGACCUCGGCGCUUGGGAUAAGCAGCGCCAUCUUCGCGGCCUCAGGCCUGGUCAUGCUCGAGAUUGCGGCGCGAGGGAGCAAAGAGGGCAGCGAGGGCGCGCGAGGGCUCAUGUCUGCAGAUGGCUCCUUCUCGAGGCGAGCGUCGGUGAGCAGCAACCGGAAGGCCCAGGAGCUGGCGGCCUUGAGGGACAUUGCGGCCGCCAUGACUGUCAUAUGCGGCAUUGCGACCUUCUUGAUUGAGCCCUCUGUUGCGCCAGGCGCAGCGACGUGGGAGCCUCUGUACCGCGAGUUUGACCGCGACUGGAAGACCGUACACGACUUCAGGACGGUGCGCCAGGUAUUCUUCAUGGUUCUUGUUAACGCUGCUUUGAAUGUGUUCAUGUUUCUUGUUCUUUCACGGCAAGGCGCCGUCCCCCUUUCCCUCUGGGUCUUGUUCUCGUGCAUCUGCGCACAGCUGAAGUUUGCGAUUACCUUCUCAGGCAUAUGGUUUACCAUCAUCUACGGCAUUUCCGCACUCCUAUACCUCUACGGCGCGUCAUCCUCGAGCACUUUCAUCGAUAUCCGGACCUCUAUACGCAUUAGACGCAUCUUGUUUGGAGUCACAGCAUUUUCAAUCAGCGUGCUGCUGGUUCGGCACGCAGCCGGAGCGCAGUACCACAAGUUCUCACCAAAAGUCCCUUCCACCUUCAAGAUCCUGCCGUCGGCGACAUCACUAGGAUCGAUCCCAGUCGACCUAGCUCAAGGCCACCCCGCGGCGCAGCUGAUCAACGCCGCCGAGACGGAAUUCCAGCACACUCUCCAGCGCCAGUCGAAGUCUCUGGACCAGGCCGUCCGCGAGUACCGGCGCAGGAACGGAAUAUCGCCCCCUCCUCACUUCGACAAGUGGUUCGAGUUUGCGCAGCGCCGGAACGUGGUCAUGAUCGACGAGUUUGACAUGAUCAAUCAGAUGCUGCUGCCUUUCUGGGCGCUCAAGCCGGAAACCAUCCGCUCCCGUAUCAAGAACGCCAUCGGCCAUGAAGACAGCGCUAUGAUUGCUGUGGCGAUACGGAAUGGCGAGGUCGUGUCCAUAGGCAACGGCGACGAGUGGCAGCAGCAAGCCACAACCGGCAUGAUGAAGGACUUUGUUGCGCAUCUCCCAGACAUGGAUUUGGGUUUCAACAUCCACGACGAGCCGCGCGUUGUGGUGCCGAACGACCUGCUGUCUUCGAUGAUAACCAAGGCCAAGGACCAGGUUCUGCCUCGCGCUGCGAAGAACUCCUCCCCCCGCAACAACUUCUCGCCGCGGCCGAAGGACCUGAACGACGGCAGGCGCUUCGACGAGGUCAGCACCACCAAGUUCAACCGCUUCGCCCAUCAGCAGACGUGGACGCACUCACGACUGUCGUGUCCAGCGAGCAGCCAAGCGCAGACCUUUGAAGACUUCGCCGCCGACAACCUGACCGCGUACGCUGCAGGCCCGCUGAACCACGUCUACAACGCGACAGCAUUCUCAGACAUCUGCAACUCCCCCUCGUUCUCGUCAUCGUUUGGCUUCUUCGAGCGCCCCAACGCCUUCAGCAUCAUCCACGAGCUCACGCCUGUGUUCUCGCAGUCGAAGAUCUCCAGCUUCCAAGACAUCCUCUACCCCAGCCCGUGGUACUGGUUCGGCAAGGUAGGCUACGACAGGAGCCACGACACGACGUGGGAGAACAAGACGAACAGCCUAUACUGGCGCGGCUCCACGACCGGCGGCUUCAGUCGCAACGGCGGAUGGAGGCGUCAACACCGUCAGCAUGUGGUGCAGCGCCUCAACGCCCUGGACAAAGCCCAGAUCCUUGUCACCGACACCUCGCCCGAGCCCACCUACACCGUCCAGGACAUCGACCGGCGCGCGCUGCACCACCUCGUCGACGUAAAGUUCAGCCACGUCGGCCAGUGCGACCCGGGCGACUGCGACGCGCAGAAGGAGUUCUUCGACGUGGUCGAGCGCGUCGACGGCCAAGACGCCUGGUACUACAAGCACCUGCUCGACAUGGACGGCAACGCCUUCUCGGGCCGCUUCUACAGCUUCCUCAAGUCGCGCAGCCUGACGUACAAGAUGUCCGUCUUCAGAGAGUGGCACGCCGACUGGCUGCGUCCGUGGGUCCACUACGUCCCGCUCAGCCUGAGAGGCGACGAGCACCUGGAUCUCGUGCGCUGGUUUGGUGGCGACAGGACUGAUGUUGCUGGGGAGGCGGGAAGUGGGAAGGAGAGGGUCGCGGAUAAGGGUGGGAAUGGAGAGAGUCUGGGGGAGAGAAAGGCGAGGGAGAUUGCGGAGCGCAGUACCGAGUGGCAUGACAAGGUGCUGAGGAAUGCGGAUUUCGAGACGUGGUUCUUUAGGUUGCUGUUGGAAUAUGGACGUGUUGUUGAUGACGAUAGGGAGGUGAUAGGAUACCCCGGGCCAUGA